AUGUCUGACGUGGGCGCCGAUUGGCCCCUGCGGACAAUGUUAGUCUGCGCCAGUAGGCCAAUCGGCGCCCAAACAUACUCAGAUGAAAUGGAGAAGUUGGCUGCUUCCUGGGUCGCAAACUGCAAGUUUGACCAUCCCGAUCCCAACGUUGACACACAAUACGCAGGCACCGGUCAAAAUCUGGCCCUCUUCGGGACUAUGCCUGCGGACGUCUAUAGCAGUGCGGCAUCCAUGUGGAAUCAGGAAAAAAAGAAUUAUGACUACGCGACCGACACGUGCACUGGAUCGUGUGGACAUUAUAAGCAGAGGAAAUAUGGUUGGGAUGAAGCCCUAUGUGAGCGGCAAGAGUUGCAGUCAGUGUGCUUCGACCGACUACUGCGUGGACAAUCAAUGUUCCAAGACCAAGGACCGCAGCUCGAGAAACCAAGAACCCAGCAGUUCGCUCAACUUGAGGUUCCAAUGGACAAUCACUUUAUUCAGCAUCCUCACGUUUGCCUACCUCCCGAACUGACUUUUGGACACUUUGAUUAUGUAUUUUGA